AUGUCGAAUAAAUUUCAUUGUGACAUUUGUUCCACUGACUGUACGCAUAGAGUUAGAAUAUCGUGCGCGGAAUGCCCCGAAUAUGAUUUAUGCGUACCAUGUUUUUCCCAGGGCUCCUAUAGCGGUGAACACCGCCCAGACCACAAGUAUCGUAUUAUUGAGACCAACUCGUAUCCAAUUCUGUGUGCCGACUGGGGUGCUGAUGAGGAGCUGGCUCUCAUCAAGGGCUCUCAAACAUUAGGACUCGGCAAUUGGCAGGAUGUCGCGGACCACAUAGGCAGUAGGUCUAAAGAGGAAGUUGAAGAACACUAUACCAAUUACUACCUCAACAGCCCCCAUUACCCAAUCCCUGAUAUUACGAAAACUAUUGACAUCUCGCAAGAACAGUUUCUUGACGAACGUAAACGUAGAAUCGAGAGAUUCCGCGAAAAGCCUUUGGAGCCUCCACGCAAGCCAAUGGCUUCGGUGCCGAGCUGUCAUGAAGUUCAAGGCUUCAUGCCUGGGAGAUUAGAGUUUGAAAACGAAUUCGAAAAUGACGCUGAGGGUCCAGUCAAAGAUAUGGUAUUUGAAACAGAUGACCAACCGCUCGAUAUUGAGGUCAAAUUGGUAAUACUGGAUAUUUACAACUCGAGGCUGACUACUAGGGCGGAGAAGAAGCGUCUCCUUUUUGAAAAUGGGCUAAUGGAAUACCGUAAACUUCAGGGAAUUGAUAAGAAGAGAAGCAAGGAAGCGAAAGAGCUUUACAACAACCUGAAAGCCUUUGGCACAAUAAUGACUCCUUCCGAUUUUGCCGACUUCACCAAAGACAUCCUGGAGGAACUGCGAUGUAGAUCCAGAAUACAUCAAUUGCAAGAAUGGAGGAGCAAUGGAAUUACUACACUUGAAGCUGGUCUCAAGUAUGAACGCGACAAGCAAGCUCGAAUGAUGACUUUAGAGCGGUUUGGCAGCUCAACGUAUUCUUCUUCUAAUGGCAAUGGUCGUCAUAGGGCCACCUCAACCCAUCGCACAAAUACCGAUUACGGACAAAAUUAUAACGAUCCAGGGAGCCGCAAAAAGACCCUUACGAUCAGUGACGUACAACAUGGUGCUGAUUAUGGUCUCUUAUCAGCAGAAGAACAGCAACUUUGCAUGCAAUUAAAGAUCUUACCAAAACCAUAUUUGGCCAUCAAGGAAGUCAUGUUUAGAGAGCUUCUGAGGGCUGGUGGUACGAUUACCAAAAAAACAUGUCGAGACUUACUCAACAUUGAUCCUACGAAAGCUAACAAGAUUCAUGACUUCUUUCAUUAUCAGAGAUGGCUAUGA